AUGAAAAGUAUUGACUCAAGUGUCGAGAUGGAAGACGAAGAAUUGUUUUUAUCUGAAGAAAUGGCAAAAAAUCACGAAAAACCAAGUCCUGGCAAUGAAAAGAGUGAAAAAAAACACUUUGUCCAUCAAGUGGAAAACCAACGGGUACAAUGGGCUUUGGCUUCUGCUCAUGUGGAACUUUUGGAAAGUGUACGUCUAAUUUCAGCUCGGAAUGAAGUCACGGGAAUUCAAUUGAGAUUACACUCCAAUGUGCCUUUUUUACUAACAACCGAUACAAGUAAUUGGAUGUUAUCAUCAGGUCAUGGACCACGAGCACGUGUAGCAAUUGAUACGAGAUUUAUUCCACUGGAUGAAUUCAAAAUUGAAACUUUUGUGGUCGGAUGUGUCCAAGAUGAAAAUUCAAAUCUUGUGAUGGAGACUUUGCAACGAACGGGAGUUAGUAGCAAAGCAGUGAGGGAACAUGCAGUGUAUUUACGAAUACGGGUGGGCGAAAAACUAGAGCCUGGAAUCUAUGAAAUACCAUUGCGGGUAUUCACGCAGGAAGCAGGAUUCAGUGAUGAACAACUGACGUGGUCGAGCAGUGUUGCCGUGAACGUGGUGGAUGUUCAACUUCCGACGCCAAGUAAUUGGCGUUUUCGAUUGGAUUUAUGGCAGCACUGGACGGCCUUGGCACGUGCACAUCAUGUGUCAUUAUGGAGCAAUGGGCAUUUUGAAUUGAUUGAUCGGUACAUGGCUUUAUUGUCGGAAAUGGGCCAAAAAUGUUUAUCUGUAGUCGCUACGGAAAUGCCAUGGGCAGGUCAACAAUGCUACAUGGAAGAGCAAAAUGCAUCAGCGUUGUUUGAGCAUGCUAUCUUGGAGGUGUAUGAAGAUCCAGCCCAUGGCGUUCCGGUUUCGAUCGACUUUACCCAUUUCGAUCGACUGCUGGCGCUAGGAGCCCGCCAUCAUGUGGACCAUGAAAUCGAAGUAUUUGGUCUUCUUUCAGUGUGGCGAGACCCUGUUGCAGGGUUCGAUGCCCCAGCUGAGCUCACGACGGAUCACCUUCGACCGCUUCCAACUGUGUCUGCUCCAGAAUCAGCUCCUGCUCCUAAAAUGCAUCGUCGAACUCCUUUAAUCGGUUCUAGAGUGACUUCUUCGACAGCUACAUCCUCGUCAGGAAUGCAAAAUCCUGGUGACCUAGACCAUGAACACAGUCAAUCAUCAUCGCUGCCGCCGUCCCCCGCAACUGCCUCUUCUGAAGCUCCGGCAUUUGUGGUCGAUGGUUGGCGCAUCCGGUGCCAGGAUCGCACAACUCAAUGUGUGCGCUACCUGCGACGGGUUUCUGAGGUUGAAACGUUUAUCGAGCAAUUCUACGCACAUUGCAUCGCGUUGGAAAUUGCCGAUCGUGUACGGAUAUGUGCUGAUGAACCCCGCGAGGUGGCAGUAUUUCACGAGCAACUGCGCUUCUUGCAGCGUUUGGCUCCCAACUUUCGUAUUAAGCUGGCAGUGAAUCACUCGGAGUUUUUUUCACCUGCUUACGCUCCACCUCAGGUAGCGGAUUAUGUGCCACUCUUGCCACUGGCUUGUGCUGAUUUGGAGGUAACACGUCGGUUGGCCAAAGACGCUCGUGCCCGUGGAGGGCAUGUCUGCUGGUACGUAUGCUGUGGUCCAGCGUUUCCAAAUCAGUUUGUCUCGUCGCCACUUGUCGAAGGCGAGCUCGUUGGAUACCUCACCUUUUUCUUCGAGCUUGAUGGUUUUCUGCGCUGGAACUACUGCCUGUGGCCUAGUCGACCAUGGGAUGAUCUUCGAUGGCGUGCUUCAAUGUGGAAAGUGGGUGACAUGUAUUUCGUGCUCCCUGGGCAAGACGGUUGGCCUGUGGAAACGCUCCGCCUCGAGUCUUUGCGUUUCGCGGGCCAAGCAUUCGAGCUGCUAAGGCUUGCGCAGGAAACUUUGGCUCCAGCACAGAUGCAGCAGCUCCAGCGCACGGUAGCAGAGCAGAUACUUCGAUCGAGUGACUUGGAAGAGUUUGGUCGAUACGCCAACCGUGCCCGUGAAGACUUGUAUUCCCUCGAUCCACUUGACUACCAACGAGCCAAGACGAUUAUCUUGAAUACACUUGCAGCAGCAGCAGUGAAAGAAGGUAGUGGAGCUUGA